AUGAGCGUCAAGGACGUAGCCGCAUUCGAGAAGAUGGGCAUCAUAUCCACGAGCGAGCUCACUCCUGGUCCGAGCGUGGUUGAAACUUGGUCUGACAACCGGAUAGGAACUCCACUUUGCACCGAGCAACGCACGAUAGUGGAGGGCAAGAAAUACCUAGUGGACGAUAAGGAGCUACAAGACUUACCGGCGCCGAAGAAUACACCCCUUCAAUGGCGCGAGUGCCGCGAAGAACUACUUCGGAAUGCUAGAUAUCCAGAGCGCUACGAUGAGGGCCCAACCGUAUUUCACGUCGUGUUUGAAUAG